AUGGUUAUGUUGUUCAUAUAUGACCUUACAAGUUUGCUCCUCCUAAUCUUAGUUCCCUGCACCAUUCCAUCAUGUUACAGCUAUUUGUUUGAAGGCAAGAGUGUUAACUGUGAAGGUGUUUACAAUUGUGGAAACAUACAUGGUGUUAACUACCCGUUCUGGGGAGGUGGUUCGCAAUCAAGAUUAUGUGGUAACAACAAUUUAUAUCUACAGUGCGAAGAUAAUCAGACCACUUUGUCUGUUCCUUAUUUCAUUAGAAAUAACAUUGGGUAUAAACCUUCAGAAUUUCAUGUACUGAUGAUUAACCAAUCCUCAUUCCGUAUGAAGAUUGUUCAUCAUAAUCAUUGGAAGAAUGUUUGUCCGGAAUCUUCUUCACUCUACAGUCUUUACAACAAGUACAACACCACCUUAAUCAAUGGUCUCAGGUAUGUCCGAGGAACUACAUUUAUAAACAUACACUAUGGCUGCAGUCCUGAGGUCCUGUCGACUGUACAGGUGCAGAGCAAUAUUAGUUGUUUUAUGAUUGGAACAAUCAACACUGGUGUGUUCUUUACCGAUGAAAUUGUAACAAAUGUUCCAGGAUGUUCCUUCAGCAUACUGGAUUCAGGAGGAAUAUGUGAACUUGGUCUUGAGUUUUGGUGUCGUUGUGGAGACACAAUUCAUCCUUCUACCUGUCCAGAUAAUGCUAAGCCAAACACAGAUUUUGCAAGAAAGAUUCAUUCACUCAAGUUGACAACAGGAUUGUCAGUAGCUGGAAUUGGCAUAUUAAUCUGCUUUGGAAUCUGCUAUUUGUUUGAAGGCAAGAGUGUUAACUGUGAAGGUGCUUACAGUUGUGGAAACAUACAUGGUGUUAACUACCCGUUCUGUGGAGGUGGUUUGCGAUCAAGAUUAUGUGGUAACGACAAUUUAUAUCUACAAUGCGAAGAUAAUCAAACCACUUUGUCUGUUCCUUAUUUCAUUAGAAAUACCAUUGGGUAUAAACCUUCAGAAUUUCAUGUACUGAUGAUUAACCAAUCCUCAUUCCGUAUGAAGAUUGUUCAUGAUAAUCAUUGGAAGAAUGUUUGUCCGGAAUCUUCUUCACUCUACAGUCUUUACAAGUACAACACCACCUUAAUCAAUGGUCUCAGGUAUAUCCGAGGAACUACAUUUAUAAACAUACACUAUGGCUGCAGUCCUGAGGUCCUGUCGACUGUACAGGUGCAGAGCAAUACUAGUUGUUUUAUAAUUGGAACAAUCAACACUGGUGUGUUCUUUACCGAUGAAAUUGUAACAAAUGUUCUAGGAUGUUCCUUCAGCAUACUGGUUCCUCUUGUUUCUACUGCUUACAAUAAACUGUGGGACGCAACUAUAACGCUACAAGAAGCUGUGAAUGAGGGGUUUGAAGUGGAUUACAGUGAUGCCACAGGUGGCUGUUUGGCAUGUCAGGAUUCAGGAGGAAUAUGUGAACUUGGUCUUAAGUUUCAGUGUCGUUGUGGAGACACAACUCAUCCUUCUACCUGUCCAGAUAAUGCUAAGCCACCGGCAUAUUUGGUGGCGCAGCCAAACACUAAUUUUGCAAGAAAGAUACAUUCACUCAAGUUGACAACAGGAUUGUCAGUUGCUGGAAUCGGGAUACUAAUCUGCUUUGGAAUCUGGUAUACAAAGUAUAGAAUAUAUUUCAACAAGUGCAUACGAUUCAUUAACGGAAAAACAGAAGAUCAGAGUCUAGAGGCAUUACUUGAGCAAUAUGGAUCUCUGGCACCAAGGAGAUACAGUUAUUGGGAAAUCAAGAAAAUGACACAUGAAUUCAAAGAUAAGCUUGGUGAAGGAGGUUUUGGAGGGGUCUACAAAGGUGAACUUUCUGAUGGCCGUGCAGUUGCAGUGAAGAUUUUAAAAGCAUCUAAAGGUGAUGGAGAAGAAUUUAUCAAUGAAGUUGCAAGCAUCAGCCAGACUUCGCAUGUCAAUGUCGUGUCUCCUUUAGGAUAUUGUCUUGAUGAGAGCAAAAGAGCUCUAAUUUAUGACUUCAUGCCAAAUGGAUCCUUAGAGAAAUACAUAUACGGUGAUGGUUCUCUCUUGGGACUGAACAAAUUGUAUCAAAUUGCAGUUGGAAUUGCUAAAGGAUUGGAGUAUCUUCACCGUGGAUGCAAAACAAGAAUUUUGCAUUUUGACAUAAAGCCUCAUAACAUACUCCUUGAUGAAGAAUUCUGUCCUAAGAUAUCAGAUUUUGGUUUGGCAAAACUAUGCACCAGGAAAGAACGCAUUGUUUCCAUGUUAGGAGCACGAGGGACGAUUGGUUAUAUUGCUCCCGAAGUAAUCAGUAGGAGUUUUGGAGGAGUGUCACAAAGGUCUGAUGUCUAUAGUUAUGGAAUGAUGGUUCUAGAAAUGGUCGGAGGAAGAAAGAAUGUCAAGGAAGAAGUGAGCCAUACAAGUGAGAUAUAUUUUCCUUGUUGGGCGUAUCAGCACGUUCAGCUAGACGAUGACCUGAAGCUACAUGGGAUUAUAAACAAAGAAGAAGAAGAAACUGUCUCAGAUUUUUCUAGCUCAAUUUCAUCAAUCUCUUUCAAUCUCAUAGAUCCGAACACAGACGCUCCUCAGAUCCAAACUCAGCAAGUCGUUGAUUCCAGCCAACCACUGUACAUGCAUCCAUCAGAAAGAGCUGGAUCUGCGAUCAUUCCGGUGCUCUUCAAUGGAACUGGUUGUAGAUCCUGGCGACGCGGUGUCCUUCGCGCCCUAUUUGUGAAAAACAAAUUAGUAGGUUUCAUCAAUGGAAAAGUUCAUAAAUCGGCUAAGGACUUAGUUGACAGCUUGCAGUAUGUCAACAUCGCAAAGGAAUUGUGGGAGGAACUGCAAGACAGAAAUGGAAACAACAUCUACAGAGGUCCUUCCAAUCAUUUUCAGCACGUCAACAAGAACACUUAUCCUAUUCCUGAUAUUAACAAAGAAAAUUUGUUCUGUGAUUACUGUAAGAAGGUUGGACACACAGAAGACAAGUGUUAUAGGUUGCAUGGUUUUCCCCAAAACUUCAAGUUCACAAGGGGAACUGGACCACGUUCAGGGAACUCAAAGCUUAACCAAAGACCAAAUGAUUAUCUCAUGAGAUUGCUUGAAAAUGUUCAGGUGCAAGGACCAUCUAGCAGCACCAAAGAUACUUUGGAUAACAUUAUAAGUGGAGCUGCAAACUUUGCAGGGCCCUUCAUUAAAGAGCCCUCUGGUGAUUAG